AUGAGUGAAGGAGGAAAGAACGAUUACCCGGCGCACUCGGAGUUGAUUGAAGGGUACGUAGCAGGAAAUCGGAAAGGGGAACCGACGCUCACGCCUCAGGCAAUCGACACGAACACCAGGAAUAACAUGGAUGCACUGUGUGUGCCGACGUCGUCGAAAGCUGCGGAGCCUGAGGUGCUUGCUACGGUUUCCGCUCAAGCCGUAGAAACCCUGGAUGACUGUGCUGAUACAGCGUAUCCAUCCAUGCCGCUAGAAGAGCGCUUUUUUGGUUUCCACCCAUGCAAACUCGUUGAACAAGUCGAAGACUGCGUGCGCGACCUCUUGGAAGACGCGCUGGACGGCCUCGAGACGAGCCUAUUCCGCGAGUGUGCGCUAGCGUUUGACGCUUUACAGGAGAACGCGGUUACCAGCGAGCACGAGCAUGCGAAGCGCCUGCUGCUGCAGCAAGGUCUCAUGCGUCUUCGAGAUGCGCUCUUCACCGCAUUUUACGACCAGAUGGAUCGCUUGCAAGUAUACCUUUUGCGCAAUGUUUUCCACAUUCCGCCCGGUUUACGCAUUCCCAAUGUGAAUACUUCCGAGGAUCUUGUCGAGAACUGGGAGCAGGCACUCGGCAUCGACCCUUCCAGUGUGCAGAUCGAUGCCAACGCAGAGGAUGAGCAUGCUGUUGAUCAGGAGCUCGUCGCACUGCGCCAAUCCCUUCGGGUUGCGCGGCAGCGUCUACAACGGCUGUGCAGAGAGCGAUCCGUCCUGGAGGGCGCUUUUCAUCGGCUGGAGGGUGCGCUGCAGUCGCGACUGGCUUCGACUUUGAUACCAACGGAGCCGGAAGAUCCGUCCGGUGACUGCGACGCGCUUGCAAAGCAGGUUGUAACCAUCGCCCGCGCGGUCUCUGAGCUUGAGGCGGUUGUGCGCUCGUGCAGAGACCAAUUCCUGGGGGAUCGUUCCUCGGCGGCAAGCGGUGGCGCUCCGCCGUCCGGAACGGUACCCGCAGCUGCUGGCGGAUCCGAUGUUGGUGCACAGGGCGCACUGGUGCGUCCGCCGCUAGAGCUCGAGCGCAUCUUCGAUGCGCACACGAAAGCCACCCGAGUCGAUAGUCUGGAUGCAGUGGACGCGCUUCGUCGCGCCCUGCACCGCUCGUGCUGA